AUGACUACCAUCACCGACGCAAUUCUUUUAAGGAUCAUCAAGAGAUCAGGGAAUACGCUGAUAAGGUCCGUCAGGCUCCCGAUGAUGAUACUCGAGGACGCUGGCAAAACCAAUUUAUGGGAAUUGGCCCGUCAUUCUAUCGGAGAGGAAUUGGUAGUUUAUCCUGCUUUUGCAAAGCAUCUUGGUAUGCAAGGUCAAAAGAUGGCUGAUAAUGAUCGUGCUGAACAUCAAACCGUAUGUUCAAUCAUUUCUUUCGAGCGAUGCAAUUGUGAAACAGAAAAUUUAGUUAACUAACAGCAAAACCAUAGGUCAAAGAAGCACUUUACAAAUUCCAAAAUCUCAAACCCUCCGACGCAGACUUAAUCCCCACACUCGACGAUUUAUGA